UUUUUAUCUUUAUAUUUUAUUCUUUAUUAUUCUCUUUUUUUGGAGUAUAAAAUAGCACAAACUCUCCAAGGAAGAGCCGUAACCAAGGUUUGCAUACGAGUCCCAUUUGAAAUAACUAGAGGAAUUUUGAAGAUGGUAGGCUGUCUAUGGCACUCCGAUCACAGACAAUACUCUAAAAAACCUGAUGGAAUAUCAAGGAAAGACAAUAACACGUCUAGAUAGGGCAAAGAUGGCACUACGUAUGAAAUCUAUUGACAAUAAAGAAAAGCAUGCUCGAGACUGUGUACAUCGUUUGAAAAGUGAAUGGGGAACUGGUGUUUCUACUCUUUGUAUAUUUUACAAUGCUACUGGUGACACAAUAACUCUAUAUGCCCAUCAUGAUUGGUAUGGUCAUAUUGGUCCUACUGCUUACCCAUCAGAGAUUGCAAAUGGUCAAUGGGGUUGUUUUCUUCAUGUAAAAAAUUCGGGAGCUACUAGUGGCUCGUGCGCAAGCGUUACAUAUCGUGGCCUAAGUAAUAAUGGCGAGAAAAUGUAUUGGCUAGUAGCUUGGUCCAAUCCAUGGAGUCGAAUUAGUUAUGACAAUGGGGUAUAUACGGAGGUUAUUACCCAUAAGAGGAUUGACAUUCUAGACGAUCUGUAUGAUAGUAUCUACAGUGGGUUAUGGAAUGCGGAUCGUUCUCAUACACACCGGUUUCAUGGAUGCCUAUCAGAUGCAAAUACUGAAAGUAGUACCAGUCCCGUAUUAGAGGCAGUAUUCAGUUUGUACUAUUAGACCAAGGUUCCAUGGUCAACAUACACUCUUAAAUAAAUGCUUUUAGCAUUAUAGCUUAUGUACUACAAAAUCCAACCUCAUCCACUGUACAUGAGUUUGGGUUGUCACUCUUUUUCACUAAACCUUUUAAAUUAUUACGCUAAUGUUAUACUUAUGUACUACAAAAUAUCUACUAAAUCUAAAAUAAUGGCCAUUUGAGCCUUUAUAUAU